AAUCUAUACGAUUGGUUUACUUUCAGAUUCAAGAUUGUUCUAUAGAUUAGUGCACUGUUAAGGAAUAUAGGGAAAAUGAUUUCUUUAUAUUGGAUGGUGGCGACUUUGUUCGCGUUAGCUAAAUGCCAAACACUUGUAGAACCAAGCCAGGAAGACGUGAUCAGUUUAACUGCGACGGGAAACGGACGAACAUGGAUUCCGACAGCAAAUUGCGAACCCGUGUGUCGGAAUGUCACGUGGGAGAGGAUUGGGAACAUGGUCAAAUUUACAAUUGUUGGAGGCAGCGCCGGUUAUAUUGCCGUUGCAAUUUCUUCGGAUACGAAUAUGGGGCCAGCGGACGAUUCUUACGUAUGCUCUCGGGCGACACCUACCAGCGAAAAUUUGUCUCUUAGCUCGAGUUAUUUGACUGGACACGGCCCUCCAGUGGUCGUUGGACCAGUGAGCGCCGAAAAUGUUGUAUCGACUGCAAUCGUUAACGGGGAAAUGGAAUGCUCAUUCUUUAGAGCACUUGGCGUUACAAAAACAGUCGAAACAACGCCUGCCACAUGGAAUAUUCAAACAACUAACUUUAACUUGCUGUAUGCUGAGGGUAAUUUGCUCGCGGAUGGUAGUCUAACAUACCAUACUCAUCGAUUUCAUACCAGCCAAGCUUUCACAUUGCUGCCACCUCAAGAACCCGAGGAGACAACAGCAGCAUCUACAACAACUACUAUGAGCCCCGAUAUAAAUGCAAGCACUGCCGGUGAACCAAGUAACGGGACUGUAACCGACCAUGUGCCAGUGGUGAUACCACAAACUGCGGCAACUACAAUUGGAAUUAUUGAAAAUACGACGUCCGAUGCUUCUGGCACUGUACACAGCGUGUUACUUAUGUCACUGCUCACUUUCUUUUCCUGUUUCAUCAUUUAAAAGAAACGAAGUAUUGACCAACAGUUAUAGCGUAGAAUACUUACUUACACAGUUAGUAUUCUAUGGUUAUAGUCUAUGUAUCGAUGUAUUGUACAUAUAAGCCUAUGAUUAGCUGUGUCCUCAUUUGAGUGGAUUUAUGAAAAUCGCCUUCAAUUCAGUGUAAAUAGCGCGAUGAGAUGUAUCCACGUUUGCAUGUUGUUACACUUUAUUAUAUGAUAGUUUAGGUCGUAGUCGAAAUUUCCACAUCCUAAAACUCACUCACAUACGAUUGUCUGCCGGUAUACCAAUAUAUUACAAUAAUAAAAAUAUAUAUACUGUUGUAUUAUA